AUGAACGUGUUUCUUAUAUUUCUAAUGACACUUUGCUCAGGAUUUGCUGAAUAUCUUAUCUCAUCAGAUCAAUUAGAAGUGGUGUUCGAAAAAUAUUUAAGAAAUGCAGAGUUAUCUCCUUCAGAGUAUAAAUUACAAGAAGACAUUUUUGAAAUACUUCGAAGACCUACAUACAUGACCUCGAAAACACAAUUUCAGUCGGAAGUGCGAUCGAGCCUAGAUUGUUUAUUAUGCAGAAGCGCUUUCUCUGCUUUAUUUCAAUUAGUCAAAGAGGGCGCAAAUGAUGAAGAUUUAACACAAGCGUUAAUAAAUAUAUGCACCAUACUAAAUAUAGAAAGUGAAAAUGUUUGUCGUGGAGCAGUUGGUUUAAAUCUGCAUAUCAUUACUUACAUCAUCAGAAAUACACCUGAAGCAACGUCAAGAAACUUUUGUGGGCUUGUUUUGCAAAGGGCCGACAAUCCCUAUUUUUGCACCAACGAUGACCCAAGAUUUGAAUGGCAGGUUGAAUUACCAGAGCAAAUAGAAGAUAAAGUGCCCUCUAUUUCUGAUGGGGCUCCCCUCACUGUAGCAAUUAUUACGGAUACACAUAUAGAUCCGCUGUAUGAACCAUUUGGAGUAGCGGAAUGUGGAGAGCCAACCUGUUGUCGAAAAGGGCAGACUCUUUCUCGAUCUUACACAUACACACCAAUCACAAACGACGUAGACCCGGCGGGAUAUUGGGGAGAUUACAGGAAUUGCGACACGCCAAAAUGGGCAUUUGAUGACGUUAUUGAUAGGAUGGCUUCCUCACAUCAGUUCGAUGUUGUAUAUUACAUCGGUGACACCAUAGACCACAGUGUAUGGGAGACCACUUAUGAUAUGAUAAAUGAAACUCAUUUAUAUUUAAUCGAAAAAAUGAGAAAGAGCUUCGGAGACAAUGUAUUAAUUGUACCAACUAUUGGAAACCACGAGUCACAACCAACAAAUCAGUUUGCACCGCCUACAAUCACAGCACCAAAGUUAAAUACCACUUGGCUCUAUGAAGCCUUAUUGAACAAAUGGGACUAUUACUUGACCAACGAAGCUAAGGCGACAUUUAGAGCUCGAGGCGAUUUUUCAAGAUUAGUAAGGCCCGGUUUGAGAGUUAUUUCGCUGAAUACUAACACCGCUUAUAAAUAUAACUGGUGGCUAGUAUACGAUCCUUUAGAACCAAAGCGCCAUUUAGAUUGGCUCGUACAAGAGCUCUAUAAAGCGGAAUCGGCUGGCGAAAAGGUUCACAUUCUGACUCACAUACCGCCUGGAGUACAUGAUUUGGCUUAUGUAUGGACUAGGGAGUACAACCGAAUAGUUAACAGAUUUUCAUCAACAAUCGCAGCCGAAUUCAACGGCCACGUGCACUCGGAUGAGUUUAAGAUAUUUUAUAGUUUGUCUGAUGGUAGACCUAUCAAUGUAGCUUGGGGAGGGGGCGCCGCCACUUCAUAUAGCAAUUAUAAUUUAAAUUAUAAAAUUGCUACCUUCGAUCCAUCGACAUUUGAGGCACAAAAUAUUGUAAACUAUGUGUAUAACCUAACUGAAGCAAAUUUAACACCCAGACGCCGGCCACAUUGGUUUCAACUGUACGAUAUGAAAAACGAUUUUGCUAUUAGUAAUUUAAAUCCAGAGACAAUGGACCGUUUGGUUCAUCGUAUGGUGACAACUGACACCAACUUAUUAGAUUUGUAUUCCGCGUAUUAUUCAAAAUUGAGUGACACAAGAUGGCCGUACUGCAAUAGCGAAUGCAAGAUAGAUAAUCUGUGUAAAAUCGUAACAACUGUUCUCUGGCAAAGAGAAAAAUGUGAAGAGCUUCGGAAAGAGUUUUAUUCAAAACACAAAGCAUAA